CUGACAGUUUCCGUAUGCCCAACUUAUUUGCUCGAAGCAAAAAGGAGCAGAUGGGAUUAUCCUGUUGUGUCAUCUGUGUAUGAUAGACCUGGUAUUAUCCAAGCCCCAUGGAGAACAAUGAAGGGCUGGACCAAAAGGUUUUAUCCAAUGGAGAUGUAUACUAUGGUGAUUUCAAGGGAACACUUCCCCACGGGAAGGGAAGAUAUACUUGGUUGGAUCAAACAGUUUAUGAGGGUGACUGGGAGUUAGGGAAAAUGACUGGGAAAGGGAAAAUCUUUUGGCCAUCUGGAGUGAGGUACGAGGGUGAUAUCUCUGGGGGUUAUCUUCAUGGACAUGGGACCUUUACUGAACGUGAUGGAUCUGUUUAUACAGGAGCCUGGAGGAUGAAUAUUCAGCAUGGUGUUGGAAGGAAGGAGUACGGCAAUUCAGACAUGUAUGAAGGUAUGUGGAAAGAAGGGGUACACGAAGGCAGCGGUAGGUAUACCUGGAAUAGUGGCAAUACUUAUGUUGGAAACUGGAAAGUUGGUAAAAUGUGGGGCAGAGGGAUAAUGAAAUGGGUAAACGGUGAUCUCUACAAUGGCUUUUGGUUGAAUGGGUUAAGACAUGGGUCAGGAAUAUACAGAUUUGCGGAUGGGGCUUAUUAUUUCGGAACAUGGAGUAGGGGUCUAAAGGAUGGGAAAGGAACAUAUUAUCCCGCUGGAAGCAAGCAUCCAUCUCUAAAAAAAUGGUGUAGUGGGGGUUACAACGACAAGGGAAAAAAUUUGUCACCUCACAGUUCGUCUUUGGCUUUUGAGGAAUCUACGGCUCCAAAAACGUUCAUCAAUCGGAGUUAUUCUGAAAAAGUUUCGAUGGGUGGACUAUUGAGAAAUUCAGGUCGAAUUUCAAGUAGGGCUAUGUCUUUAGAUGAAAACUGGAGUCUUUUAGAUCCUGAGAGGGAACUUGUUUCUCAGGAGUCAUCAUCUCAAGUUCCAGAAGUCCCCGAGGAGAGACAAGAUAAAAUGCAGGAUGGCAGUUCUUUAGUUUAUGAACGUGAAUACAUGCAAGGAGUCCUGAUUUUAGAGAGAAUUAGAAAUUAUGAAGAACUGAUGCACAAAACUAAACAGAAAAAUAAAUUUCAUGGGAAAGAGUCAAAAAAGAGGCCAUGCAUGGAUAUGCCUCUAGGCGACCGGAGCUACUAUUUGAAGCUUAAUCUGCAACUGGGUAUCAGAUACACUGUCGGCAAGAUCACACCAGUCCCCAGGCGUGAAGUUCGGUCUUCCGAUUUUGGAGAGCGAGCCAGGAUAAGGAUGUAUUUCCCUAAAAAGGGCUCUCAGUUUACGCCUCCGCAUUAUUCCAUUGAUUUCUAUUGGAAAGACUACUGCCCGAUGGUUUUCAGGAAUUUGAGGGAGAUGUUCAAGCUAGAUGCUGCUGAGUACAUGAUGUCCAUUUGUGGUGACGAUGGUCUUACUGAACUGUCUUCUCCAGGAAAAAGUGGCAGCAUUUUUUAUCUCUCUCAUGACGGUAGAUUUGUGAUCAAGACAUUGAAAAAGUCCGAGCUGAAGGUUCUUCUGAAGAUGCUGCCGCACUAUUACCGUCAUGUAGGAAAUCAUGAAAAUACUCUUAUUACCAAAUUUUUUGGUCUCCAUCGCAUAAAGCUGAAGGGUGGAAGGAAGGUAAGGUUUGUGGUUAUGGGGAACAUGUUCUGCACUGAAUUGCGAAUUCAUCGACGUUACGAUCUGAAGGGUUCAUCUUUGGGAAGAUUUACACACAAAGACAAAAUUAAUGAGAAUACCACAUUGAAAGAUCUUGAUCUUGCUUAUGAGUUUCAUAUGGACAAAUUAUUGCGAGAGGCACUUUUCAAACAAAUUUCGCUAGACUGCAUGUUUUUGGAAUCUCAACAAAUCAUCGAUUAUAGCCUUUUGCUGGGAUUGCAUUUUAGAGCCCCUGAGCAAUUGAAGGCCCUCUUAAAUCCAGGCAAUGCAAUGGUGAAUGAAGAGAGUUCUUCCACUUGCAAUGGUCCAACAUCACAAGGGGAACUCCUGAUACCUUCGAAGGGUCUACUUCUGGUUACACAUGAACCGAACUGUGUUAGCACAACACCUGGUCCCCAUAGCAGAGGAAGUACUCUGAGAGCAUUUUCUGUGGGUGACAAGGAAGUUGAUCUUUUACUUCCUGGUACUGCAAGGUUGCGUGUGCAGCUGGGAGUUAACAUGCCAGCUCAAGCCAACCACAAGCUUAUACAAGAUGAGGUUGAUUCAGCAGAAAUUGAACUUCUUGAGGUUUAUGACGUAGUUCUGUAUAUGGGCAUUAUUGACAUAUUGCAGGAAUAUAAUCUGAAGAAAAAGAUGGAGCAUGCUUAUAAGUCACUGCAGUUUGAUCCUCUGUCGAUUUCUGCUGUUGAACCCAAACUCUAUGCUAAGAGGUUUAUCAGUUUCUUAGAGAGAGUAUUUCCCGCCAACUACGAAGGAUACCAAUAGACAGUUUUGACUCACUGUAUCAUAACUCUGAGAUAGCUAUAGCUUUUCUUUUGCUUGAGAAUGAAGUGUAAACAUUAUUCUUUUUCUCAGUCGUCGUGUAAAUCUGUCUCACGAUUUUUACA